AAGAGGCGCGUGACUAUUGACUAAUGGACGUAACAUUGCACCAGCAUCCGGUAGCUGCCGGCCACACAUGUCCAGAGUACCUGGCUAGGCUAGCGUGCUGUUUUCAAGGUCAUUCAUUGUCCUCCUUCCUCAGUAGCACCGCCGAGAGCUCAAUAAGUACAGGAUCGUCUCAUCAAGUCAACGGCUACUAAAACUGCCUGUACAGGAAAUUCGGGUGUAUUUCUGGACGACCCAUUUUCAAGAUCAGUGAGCAAAUGAUGGAGUUUCUGUGGAGGUUUUGCGUUCUGAUGUCCACAGUGAUGAUGGUCUUUGGUGCCGGCAAACGGCCAAAUAUCGUCUUCAUCUUGACUGACGAUCAGGACGUGACGAUGAAUGGAAUGACUCCUUUAGUCAACACGGUCAGUCUGAUUGGCAAACAAGGAAUGACAUUCAACAACAUGUUUACUACUAGUCCUCUGUGUUGCCCAAGUCGGUCCAGUAUCCUGACUGGGAAUUACGUUCAUAACCACAAGGCCUACAAUAACUCCAUCUCGGGUGGCUGCAGCAACGCAGAUUGGCAAAAGGGGCCAGAAAAGACCACCUUUGCUACAUACCUGAGGGGAAUGGGGUACAAAACUUUCUUUGCCGGGAAGUACUUGAACCAGUAUGGGACUAAAGAUGCUGGAGGAGUUGCCCAUAUACCACCAGGGUGGGAUGAAUGGAACGGUCUGGUGAAAAACUCAGUCUACUACAAUUACACGCUGUCUGUGAAUGGCAAAGCUGAGGAGCACGGAGAUGAUUAUAACAAAGACUACCUGACGGACCUCAUUAACAACCGUUCCCAUGAGUUCUUAGAGAAGCAAAGCACGACGACCCCGCCCUUCUUUGUCAUGGUCUCCACGCCAGCCUGCCACGCCCCUUUUGACUCCGCCCCUCAGUAUGUCCAGAAUUAUACCAAGAAUGCGGCUCCAAGGGGCCCCAGCUUCAACAAAGCAGGAACGGACAAACACUGGUUGAUCAGACAUGCGCCAAACCCAAUGGCCAAGGAUUCUGUUACAUUACUUGAUGAUGUCUUCCGGAAAAGAUGGAGGACUCUUCUCUCGGUCGAUGAUAUGGUCAAGAACAUCGUGGACACCUUGGACAGCAGAAAGCUCCUGGACUCGACGUACAUCAUCUUUUCUUCAGACAAUGGUUAUCAUUUAGGUCAGUUUUCCUUGCCGAUGGACAAGCGACAGUUGUACGAGUUUGACAUCAGGGUACCCCUACUGAUACGAGGUCCCAAGAUUAAAGCUGGCUCUGUCACGGACUAUCCUGCCUUAAAUAUCGACAUCAUGCCAACGAUGAUACAGUUAGCUGGUGACCCAGCACCAAAGGAUGUGGAUGGCCUGUCACUGGUGCCCGUCCUGAUUCCAAGUACAACAGAAACGGGUGGUCUGUCACGUGACUGCCUCAUUGAGCAUAGUGGAGAAUAUGAAGUGAAUGGAAUCAAAGGUUGUCCUAACACCGAAUUCCUCGCUCAAUGCUCACCUGACUGUGUGUGUGAAGAUAGCAAGAACAACACGUUCAGCUGUUUACGUCACAUAGACGCAAAGUCCAGCUAUACAUAUUGUGAAAUGGUGGACUCUGAGUCCUUCCAGGAAUAUUACGAUCUGAUCAAAGAUCCUCACCAGUUGACCAACUCCAUCAAGUCAGUCAAGCCACCGGACUUGGCCGCCAUGCACAAAAAACUGAUCCUGCUUCAACUGUGCAAAGGAAACGGCUGCCGUCAGCUGGUCCCUCCCGACAACGUAGAAAUAGAGGGCAGUGUUUAAGAACCACAGUGUUUAAGAACCACAGGGAAAGUUUGAUUAAGGACCAUUGGGAAAUGCUUGGUUGGUUCGUGAUAUUCCUAGUUGAAACCAUAGAGCUAUAUUAAAUUACUAGAGCGCUAACUCUUCAUUCUUGUGCGCGGAGACGCUUUGAAGCCGCUCUGGGCGCAGACAUUUUGAACUUAUUUGCGUGUUCGUAGAACACAAUCAAAAUAGAUGGAUUGAAUUUUAAAAGUGUACUCUAAAUGCAAUGCGCAAGUAGAAGAUAUGCAAACAACAUAAGUGCAUCAUGACGGUUAAAAAAUGUCACGGCGAAAAGUAUCUUCAGUCACAAGUUGCGCUGUUUGCGUAGAGCAAAAUGAAACGUUCAUUUCCUGAUUGUGCAUUUCGGUUUUGGGCGUAUUGGCUUCGAUGACGCACCGCUAUGGAAUACAAACACAGAUAUGCAAAUAGCCGUACAAAAGCCGUACACAAUUUCAGGUUUUCCAUAGGUUUGUGCACAAACAUAGAUGCGCCCAUCAGGCAUUACUUUGUACAUCAAGUUAGCGCUCUAGUAAUUUUAUAUUGCUCUAUGGUUGAAACACACCUCAUUUCAAACCUUCAUGGUCCUGCACUUGAUUUCAUGAAACUCAUCAUACCUUACGAUGCGUCACAUCUGUAAUGCGUCCUGCGAUUCAUUUCACCAAACUUGUCAGUGCGUCAUAGGUGUAUUUAUAACACAAGGUCACUGUUAUGUGUAUUUAUUCACUGCACAGUAAAUAGUCGGUCUGAUAUUCAGCAAAGAGUCGUCAGAUAUCCUCUCGGACAUUUUUAAAAUGUAUAACAAAAUGGCGGACGUACGAUGCAGUUUUAAAAGGAAGUCAAGUUUGGGGUGGACCGUAAGCUACUUUGAAAUUUCAUCUGCAAUACGCCAGGCUACAUGUUUGAAGCCUUUGUCCAGGAACUUACAAAGAAACAUAAUUUUUGUGAAUGGAUCAUACGACGCGUCGCAAGCUGCGAAGUGUUACAUAAAAGAGGAGAAAACUGGUUGAAUCACUGGUUUUGUAGAAUUACGA